ACCUUCACGGCAUCUAUUCUAUUAUUAUCUCUUCUCUCCCUCCAUCUUCAAACUUCACUUUAAUUACAUCUCAAUGCCACUCCCCUUUCUUCCCUCUCACUCUCACUCUUACUCUUACUCUCUUCCCCCUAUCGAACUUUCUGGAACGCCAAUGCUCCUUCUCCCUUAUUCUCAGUGCCUUCACAUUCCACCUAACCCAACACACCACCACUUUGUUUUUUCCCCAACUAUUUUCAAUGAGGUUUCACAUAGGGCUUUUUAUUUUUAUUUAAUUUAACUUUUUUUUUUUCAAUUUCUAUUUUUGGUUUACGAGGAUGCAUUUGGUGUAGAAAGUUGCGGUUGGUGGGUUGUUGAGGUGAACGAGGCAACUGAGUUAGGUUCUAUUCUUCUCUUGUUUGGGGCUUUUCUUUCUUUGAUCCCUAAUUGCUGUUACGAUUUCGGAGAUGAAUCGUAGUUUCAGAGCUCAGGAAUCGCAAAUGCAAGCUGCGUUCAAGCAGAGGCAGCAGCAAUUGGGGGUUUUCAAGCCUUCUUCGCGCGUGAAGGACAAGGAUGAUGAACUCGCGUUGUUCCUCGAAAUGAGGAAGCGCGAGAAGGAACACAAUGAUCUUUUGCUUCGCGCCUCCGAGGAGUUCGAUGAUGCAGCAAUAGGUAUUAGCGAUUUUUGGUUGCUCGAUGUUUUUGGGAUGUGGUUUUUUGUUGAUAUAGUGAAGAAUGCGAAAUGGUUGUGUUGUUGGGUUUCUCUUUGUGACUUGCUAUAUUUUUGGUGUUGAAGGCUCAAAUCCGGGCACUUCUCCCUUGUUUAACAUUUCGCCGUCCAUGGCUGUUCCGGUGCGUAAGACCGUUGCUGAUGAUUUUCUCAAUUCAGAGAACGAUAAGAAUGAUUAUGACUGGUAUAUGCUGUUAACUUUCUGUCUAUCUAUGCAACUGGUUUCUUCAUGCUUUGCCUUCUCUUUAUUGUAAUUUGUGCAAUAAUGGGACAUUUUCCCCAAAAGCUACACAGAAAGGCAUGCAUAGAGUUUGGCGUUUGAGAGGGGCUGCUUCAACUUUGAAGCACUAACUGUCCUUUGCAAUUCCAAAUUGGAAAUGGACAGUUAAAUUAGAUUGCAGAAUAUAAAAAAAAAUCUAAUAAGAUGUGGGAAACUGUCUAGAUUGAGUUCUAAGCUGGACCGACCAAAUCAUAAUUACAUUUCGUGGCGGAGUAAGCCCUUUAUUUUAAAUUGCACAAACACUUUUUGUAGUGUACUUGUGCAUGCCCGUGAUCGAAUUUCGAAGCAAGCCUCAAUUCUCUCUCCUUUCCAAAGAUUGCAAAGAACCUUUGGUAAAAUUUGAUGACAGCAUCAGAAACACGUUGGUAGAAAUCGCAGGUUCAUCUGCAUUCAGCACAAUUUCAUAAUUCCUCGUUAUUAAUUUGGCUUCUGACCCCACCUGGGACUCCCCUUUUUCCAUCUCUGGAGAUGGAUACACACAAAACUGUUAUGAGUCAGCUUGGUGCUCCAACUGUACGUCCUGCUGCAUUAAAAUCUAGACUUGCAAAUUCUCCAUCGGAGCUUACUUGCAGGAGCAACUUAGUAUCUAAACAGCCAUCUUCCUCCCCUGGGUUGACCUCUUCAGGUGGUGGAGGAACGAGGAGGCCCUCAUCAUCAGGGAAUCCAGGAUCAAGAUCUGCAACUCCUACUGGACGACCUACAUUGACCUCUGUUUCAAAAUCAUCUAGACCUUCAACACCUACUUCUCGGACAACCUUACCUUCAACUAGGACAAUGGUAGCUACAUCCAAGACCACAGUUUCCACAGGCAAGCCUGUGGUUUCUGCUACUAAGAAUAUGGUUUCUGUCAGUAAGAGUACUGCAGUGCCUGCUGCAAAACCCACAAUUCCAUCUAGAUCCUCUACACCUUUGUCAAGAUCUACUGCAAGAUCUUCAACACCAACUACCAGACCUACCUUACCUGCAUCAAGUUCUACAUCAAGGGCAUCAACUCCAACUCGGCGACCAUCUACAUCAUCAAAUGCACCUGCCAUAUCUGCUCCUUCAGUUAAGUCUUCUUCAAUAUCAAAGUCAGCACCUGUGACGUCAAGGCAGCCAGUAGCAUCUCGUGGCACUUCUCCAACAGUGAGAUCAAGACCAUGGAAACCAUCUGAGAUGCCUGGCUUUUCACUUGAUGCUCCGCCAAAUUUGAGGACAACACUUCCAGAAAGGCCACUGUCGACAACUAGGGGGAGGCCUGGGCCUCGGUCUUCAUCUGUUGAGCCUGCUUCUAGUGGCAGAACAAGGAGGCAGUCAUGCUCUCCUUCUAGAGGACGUUCUUCCAAUGGCCUUUCUCAUCCAACUGGAACCUCUAUGCCAGCUGUUAGCCGUGGGUACUCCAAAGCAAAUGACAAUGUCAGCCCUGUUGUAAUUGGCACCAAAAUGGUAGAGAGGGUAAUAAAUAUGCGGAAACUUGCACCACCAAGAAUGGAUGACAAAAACUCUCCCCAUAAUCUUUCUAGCAAGUCGUCAUCAUCUCCAGACAGCUCUGGUUUUGGAAGAACACUCUCAAAGAAAUCCUUGGAUAUGGCUAUUAGACAUAUGGAUAUAAGGCGAAGGGUUCCAGGCAAUUUACGACCAUUGAUGACUAAUAUUCCAGCAUCUUCAAUGUAUAGCGUGCGGUCGGGGCCUCAGCGUAGCCGAACUGUUAGUGUUUCAGGUUCUCCUCAUGCCACUAGCAGUAAUGCUAGUUCUGAGGUCAGUGUAAACCAAAAUGGUCGUUGUUUAGAUAAUAGUGAAAUUGAUGAUGAUCUCGUCUGUGAGAGAGGUGGUGAAUCACCCCACAGUGUGCGGGGCAGGUAAAUGGCUUUCACUUUGCGGAGUCCUCUGCCUAAAUUUUAAUAGCACAACCAUUCUUAUCCUGAGUUUCAGCCAUAGGGGAUUUUCAUGUGGAGCUAACCAUGCUUCAGUUGGUGUAAAGUUUAUUGGAAGUGAGAUAACCUUGUGUAAUGGACGGCGUUUGUAAUGUUAGGUAGAUUAGCUAUAUGAUUGCUGAAAUGGUAAUACUUUUUUCCUCAAGUGCUAUUUCACACGAAAACUGUAGAAAUGGUGUGGCAUUGUAUUUUUUUAAAAUGCUAUCAGUGUGUCCUUCGGCAUUUUUUAGCACAUUUUUUGUUUUCUGGUUAAUUUAUUCGGGAUUU